GGGUCCGGGAGGAGCGCGCCAUGCUACGCGGACUGGGAGAUCAUGCUGCAGUACUGCUUCCCCCGCCUCGACAUCAACGUCAGCAAAGGCGUCGGGCAUCUGCUGAAGAGCCCUUUCAGCGUCCAUCCCAAAACAGGUCGCAUUUCGGUGCCGCUGGAUCUGCGGAGGCUGGACCAGUUCGACCCGUUCGCUGUCCCCACCAUCAGUUCCCUGUGGCAGGAGCUGGAUGCAGCCGGUGAUGACGGGGAGCAGGAGGAUGGUGGGGAGACGGAGCCAAAGCGCCGUGCGCGGGCUCCAGCUGCCCUUCCUCCCACAGCCCCUGUUACUGCUCCUGUUGCAGCGCCAGGGUCCGGAACAGAGUCUGACAGUGAUGAAUCUGUACCAGAGCUCGAAGAGCAAGACUCCACACAGGCCACAACACAGCAGGCACAGCUUGCAGCAGCAGCUGAAAUAGAUGAAGAACCCGUUAGCAAAGCAAAACAGAGCCGGAGUGAAAAGAAAGCACGGAAGGCAAUGUCUAAACUGGGCCUUCGCCAGGUGACAGGAGUAACCAGAGUCACCAUCCGGAAAUCUAAGAACAUCCUCUUCGUCAUCACAAAGCCAGAUGUGUACAAGAGCCCAGCGUCAGACACCUACAUAGUCUUUGGCGAAGCGAAGAUCGAAGACCUGUCCCAGCAGGCCCAGCUGGCAGCUGCCGAAAAGUUCAAAGUGCAAGGAGAAGCUGUUUCAAACAUCCAGGAAAACACACAGACCCCCACCGUGCAGGAGGAGAGCGAGGAAGAAGAGGUUGACGAAACCGGCGUCGAGGUGAAAGACAUUGAGCUGGUGAUGUCCCAGGCGAAUGUGUCUCGAGCAAAGGCAGUCCGUGCCCUCAAGAACAACAGUAACGAUAUUGUAAAUGCUAUAAUGGAGUUGACGAUGUAGCUGCCAGAGGGAGGAGCCUUUUUUGGUGUUUCAGAGAAGAGCAAAAUGCAACUAAAUUUAAAAUUUGUACUAUUUCUAUCAAUUAAUAAAAGUUGUGGCUUAUUGUUGGUGAAC